AUGGGUCAAAGCGACGUGUCAUCCGCGUGUCGUCAUCGGAACUUGCGGCAUCAAAGUCGAGGAGACAAGCGACAUCGACUUCGACAGCGUCGAGAACAGAAGUUCGAUUCUGACGACGAUGAGGAUGGCAUUUGGCAAGCGUGGGGCGGCCCAAACGAGUUGACACUGGAAAAUGGUCAACCGUUCAGCAGCGGCACAGAAGGCGACCAGAAUGGCAGAGAGUUUGAAGACACUAUCCGACGACUCUUCAGCUUAGCUUCAACGCAUAUUAAACUACAAGAUGGCCUUGCCGAGGAGGUUGCAUGCAGACUGAAAAGAGCUCAUCACCGGCUCCAGCGAGACCUCGCCACAGUGGAGUGCGACUACAACAUCGGCAGUGAUAAGUUCGUGCUCGCCCAGCUGGAUGGUGUUGGAAGCCUAUCGCCGAGCAAGUUGGAGAUGGGCGAAUGGCUCCUGGAGCCUCAACAGAAGGAGGGCAUGUGCAUUGCCGAAUUCUGCAUCAACUCAAAACCGUUCAGUGCCAAACUGUACCAACUUGGACGAAUUGCCGAGAUGGUUCAUGCAGGAGCAGAGUGUGCUGACAGUCAUGACAUCAAGGACCCUAGCAUCAUCUACCUCAUCAUCGUCGACAGAUCGCGUCCUAAUCUGGAACCGGGCAGGAUUCUCCGCAGAUACAUUGCGCUCAACCACGCAUUUGAGCAAGGCAGGUUCGGCGUACUGUACAUCAGCAUGGGAACCUUGGCGCGUGCGUGGGAACGAGGCACGACCUCAACGAUCGUCUGGGUGCGGCAGCUGAUCCGCAAG